UGUGCACAUGUUUCCAACCCCGCCAAGCGCAGCUUCCGAUGAGAUGAUUCGCGGUUUCUGUUUUUGUUAGUUAUCCUACUAUUACUGCGUGGCAUUUUCUUAUUGUUAUUCAAAUAAUUAAUCCAUAAAAUAAAUAAUAAAUAAUAAAUAAUAAAAAAAAAGGAAAAAAAGAGGAUCUUCUCUUUGCAUAUUCGAUAAUUGGAAGAAAGAGAAAGAAGAAUAAAAUAUUUGAAGGAAUCGCAGGGAUUACAACAAAGACUUUGUUCGAAGCCCUAAUUCAGUUGCUGUUGUUGUUGAUUGUUGUUAAAUAUGGCUUCUCGUAGACGUAUGCUUCUCAAGGUCAUCAUUCUUGGUGAUAGCGGGGUUGGGAAGACUUCUCUGAUGAAUCAAUAUGUGAAUCGGAAGUUUAGUAAUCAGUACAAAGCAACCAUUGGAGCUGAUUUCUUGACAAAAGAAGUUCAGUUUGAAGAUAGGCAAUUCACAUUGCAGAUAUGGGAUACAGCAGGGCAAGAAAGAUUUCAAAGCCUUGGUGUUGCAUUCUACCGUGGUGCGGAUUGUUGUGUUCUUGUGUAUGAUGUGAAUGUCAUGAAAUCAUUUGAAAAUCUUAAUAACUGGAGAGAGGAGUUUCUGAUUCAGGCAAGUCCUUCUGAUCCUGAAAACUUUCCAUUUGUUGUACUGGGGAACAAGGUAGAUGUUGAUGGUGGCAAUAGUCGGGUGGUGUCCGAGAAGAAGGCAAAAGCAUGGUGUGCCUCCAAGGGUAAUAUCCCUUACUUCGAGACUUCAGCAAAGGAAGGUUUCAAUGUUGAAGCUGCUUUUCAAUGUAUAGCAACAAAUGCUCUAAAAAAUGAACCUGAAGAGGAAAGUUACCUUCCUGACACCAUUGACGUAGCUGGUGGACAGCAACAAAGAUCGGCGGGCUGUGAAUGUUAGAAGAGCUCUUGAAUGGGUUUUUAUCGUUUAGGUGGAGCAUUUGACAACUGCAGUUCACUUUUGCGUUAAGCGUGGAUUAAAAAUUAGAAAGGGGAAAAAAAAAAAAAAGAAAAAGAAAAGAAAAGAGACGAAAAUGCUUUAUUUAUUAUUUAUUAUUGUUUUAUUUUCCUUUGCUCCUUAUUUAUUGUGUUUAACUAGCAUUAUGUUUUUU